AUGGCAAAUACUCAAAACUAUUUAACUGAAGUAAAUUUAAAGUUAAAUGAGGACAGCUUUCAAGCACAAAAUCAAAUAAACAAUAGUCAUCCAAUUAACAUGGGCCAUUUUUCAAUGCCAUCGGAUCCUCCACCACCGUUUCCCGGAUCUAGUCCACCACAAUUUAUGUCCUCACAACAACCGUUUCCCGGAUCUGGUCCACCACAAUUUAUGUCCUCACAACAACCGUUUCCCGGAUCUGGUCCACCACAAUUUAU